ACCAUGGCGGCUAAUUGCGCGAGACGAACCCUACAAUUCUCUUCAGCUUCCGCCAAAACCCUAUUCUACUCAUCCUCGUCUUCACCCUUCGCCUCCAAAGCUUUCAAGCUCAGUGAACUCGCCGGCGCCAAAACCACAUCCACUCCUCGAUUCGCUACUCAGAAGCUCAAGUUCUCCAGGCUGCCUGUGGAGUUGGCUGCUGCGCAGUCGUUGAUCCCCUUGCACAGUGCUACUGCUUCUGCAUUGUUCACUUCACUUCUGUCUUUGCACAGUACCAGCUGGGGGUGCCUAUCGGAAGGUUUUGCAACCCCACUAUAGCAGGACCUAUGAGCAGCUGUUUCUAGGUACAAGCUAGACCAUGAUUAGCAGAUUUUGUUUCUUUGCAUGUCUCUGAUUGCCUUAAAACUUCAGUGUAACUUAAGAUGGAUGGAUGAUUGUUUCAAUAUUUCUCAAGCUUUCGGUCUGUACUGUCAUGACCUGACAUUUUUGCCUGUCCGCCAUCAACAACUAUAUAUAAAAAGAGGCCGCGAACACCGUGAGAUCUCUGGAAUCAGCUUAAUGUUGGUUUCGAAGGAAUCGGUCGAGCAAAACCUUUGUUUUCUACUAUUCUUCCACAGUUUCUAUCUGCUACCCCCAACUCCAAUUUUCAAAUGCUUGAACCGUU